UUUUUUUUUUUCAUAAUUUGUUUUCCUAUUAUUAUUAUUAUUAUUAUUUUAGUUAAACUCUCCUUCGCAUGUUUUUUAAAAAAAACAUAUAAUAUUUUUCUUCUUUUCUUUUUUCUACUUCAAUACUUUCCUUUUAUACGGUCUCUAGACAUAUCUAAAUUUAAUAUACACUUAGCUCUUAUAUACACAUAAUAUAUAUCUUUAUUCAUAUAUUUUUAUAUAUAUACACUUACACACUUUUUAUAUACAUAUUUUAUCCUAUAAUAUCUAUAUACAUAUUUCUUUUUUUCUUUAAAAAAACACACCUUUUAAUUUACAUAUACUUACAUAUUUUACAUAUUAUAAUUAAUUAAUAAUAUAUGGCUGCGCUGUCAUUUAGCUACGCACCUCCAUUAUCGAGUCAAUGCACUCAAUAUAUCAACCAGGAUGAAACAAUGAUUGUAUCCAACUUGAAAGAAACAUGUCAAAAAAUUAUGUCAACAAGAGGGUGCCAAAUAUCUGUUAUCACUACGAAAACAAAACAGCAAAGCUCUAAUACAUGUAACAAUAAUACUACAACAAAUAACAUUAUUAACUGCAAUAAUAUCGAAUUUAAUAUUUCUUUGACUGGCUCAACUCAAGCUUUAAUGGAAGCUCGCGGCGACUUACUUCAGAACUGUCCACUUGAGACUAAAUUAUUAAUUCACAUACCACCUACUUCCAAAUUACAAUUAUUAACCGAUCGUUUUAAUCAGUUGCAAAAAGAAUUAAACACAAAAAUCAAUGUUAUUCCCGAAAAACUUAAUCAUUCAAGUCUCAUCUCAGAUAAUAAAGUAACCAUUGAGAUCAUCGGUAUUCCUUCUCAAGUUGAAAUAUGUCGAGUGCGUGUUCUUGUGGCUAUUGACGAAAUAAUGAAAUCGUUUAAAACUGAAAUUGUUCGAUUACCUUUAAAACUACAAUAUCUUAUUUGCGGCAGAAAAAGAGCCGGAUUAUUACCAAUUAUUGAAGAAACUGCAACAAAUAUCUAUUUUCCUUCUCCAUUUACCAAUUAUAAUCCUAUCACUAAUAAUAACAGCUCAAAUAAUAAUACAAUCGGUGAAAAUGAAGAUAAUCAGGAAGAUCUUCGAUCUGUCAUUUAUAUUACAGGUGAACCUAAUCAGGUCUCACGUGUAAAAGAUAUGUUAAAUAAGCUUGCUAUUCAAAAAGCAAAAUCAAUGUAUCACAAAGAUACUGCACUUUAUGCAAGAAAAAUAGAUUGGCUUUUAUUAUAUCGUCGCGACGAAUUGCGUAAAAUCAUGCAUGACAAUGGCGCUUAUAUUGAAUUUCCAUCCAUUGGUUCUGGAGAUAAUCGUGUUACUGUUUAUGCUGAAAAUCGAGUGAACGCAGAACGUACAUUAAGAGCACUUAACUUUCAAGCAUGUAAUAUUUACGAGGCAUGCUUCUAUUUUAAUAAUCGUGAUAGUGCAAUUUAUGAUUCAACUGGAGCUCAUUCAUUUUUUGAUUCUAUCUCUAACCUUAUGAACCUUGUAUCUCAACUUUCUCAAAUAUCUGGCUCUGAAGUGAUUUACAAGACCGAUCCUAGCUGUAUUGAGGUACUUGGACCCGAACGUGCCAUUCGUAAUGUUUACCAGAGGCUCCAGGAGAUGCAAUUCCUUCAAGUCUUUCAUCAAUAUACUAUUUUCCGUGUUGAAUCUUCAAAUGAUCAACGAGAUUUUAUCUCUGGGAAAAAAAAUGGAAAAAUUAAUAAAAUCAUGAAAACUUCAGGCGCCAAGAUUAGAUUUAUACCUUUCAUGAAUGAUUACAAUUUUGUCAUUGAAGUUGAAAGUACAAGCUUCACUAAGGCUUUGGAUGGUCUUACGUUACUUCAAGAAGAGUUGCCUGCUGAAAUAUCAUUUUAUGUCCCAGAGUCAUAUCAUAAGCGUAUUAUCGGUGUAGGUGGCAAAAAUAUUCAACGUAUUAUGAAGAAAUAUGGUGUCUAUGUUAAAUUUUCAAACACAGAAGAAUUUGCAUCUCUCGGUGGUUAUUAUAACAAUGAAGACAACGUUGUAGCUCGUACGCCGAUGAAAAAUCAAAUUAAUUUAGAUAAUUUGCGUCAUGCUGUCAUGGAAUUAAUUCAUCCUAAAGACCGCGACUAUAUAGUCGAGAUGAUUCAAAUUCCUUUUGGCUAUCAUCGGGAUUUAAUUCAUAAAUAUCAAAACAGUUUUAUUACUGAAGAACUUGUCAAAAAGACAAAUACUCAAGUUGUUUGGCCUGAUGCUGAACUUGCUAAUAAUGAGGUUGAAUUGCUUGGCCCAGAGGCCCAUAUGUCUACCGCCUAUAAGAUGAUGGAAAGCAUUGUGCCUGAGUCAUAUGAUUUGCAUGUGCUUCAAAGCUCCGCUUUUACAGACGCGAUUCAGUCGGAUCUUUUUGGAGAAAAAGUAGUUGAGUUGCUUCGUAAAGAUUUUAAUAUAUCUGUUGAAUCACACUUGGAGAGCAAACGGGGUCCAUUUAUUCGUCUUCAUAUGACUCGAGAUAAAGUGAUGACAUCUCUUAAGGAUGCACUAAAGAUCGUUAUUGACUAUUUAAAUAAUCAAAAUGUAUCUCUUUACGAGAAUACGACUGUAGAUACUCUCUUUGGUAUGAUUGAAAAAAAUCAAUUGCUUGCUCACAAAAAAAGUUCUUCAAGUAAAGCGAAUACGAAUAGUUUACUUGAUUCUUCCUCGCUCUUAAAAUACCAAUCACAGCCCAUUAUCAGCAAUAAUACAACCUCUUCUGUAUCUAUGGUACGAUCAUCUGACGAUACUAUCUAUACAUCCCCCCCUAAUAGUAGCUUACAUAAUGCUUCCACUAACAUGACUCCACCACAAGUGUAUCAAUUCUUCAAUUUCCCAAAUGAUACUGCUAGUUUAACAAAUAAUCCUCUUGAUAACAAUAGUUGGAUGCCCCUGAAUUCUCAAAUGCAACAACCGAUACCAUCCACUUCUACAUCUAUCCAAUCGAACGGUAGUGGUGAAAACAAUAUCCGAGCUAUCUUUGAUGCACCCAUGGAGUUGACUGAUCAAGAACGUGCUGUUCUUAAUAACUAUCGUUAUCAAAGGAUACCAAUGCCACCUCCUCCCACCACCAAUUUUGGAUUCCCUCAAGCGAUGCCCACUACUUCAUCUACUAGUGAUAUUUGGUCCACUAAUACUCCUUCUCAGAUUCCAGGUAGUCGCCGAUCAACUGGUUUUUCUACAGCAAGCUCUAUGACAAGUCCACCUGCAACUAAUCGCCGAAAGGCUGCUACUAGUUAUGGAGCUAAUACAGCUACAGAUGCUAUUAACAUGAUGAGAUUUAAUGAUAAUAAUAAUGGCGUGUUUUAUCCUUCUAUGGGGCAGAUGACACCAAAUGCAACAGAAUUUAAUCCAUAUAGUGAUACAUCUACUACUUCAGGAAGUUUAAAACCAAAUCAAUCGAUGCCUGAACCAAUACUAGACACACAUUUUAAUACUGGUAAUCGACCCUCUUUCCAACAAUCAUCUAAUACAUUUCAUGUUAAUCAAGCAUCUCAAGCGUUUAGUCAGUUAAGUCUUGGCAACUAUCGACAACCACCCAACACUAACUUUAUUCCACGUAAUACACCCUCUAAGCAUGAUCAGCAACAACAACAACAACAACAGUUUUUUACAAAUAAUAAUUAAUGAAAUAAUUACCUUUUAUAUAUAAGUAUAUACAUAUAUACAUAUAUAUAUAUAUAUAAUA